AUGUUAAACAACUGUCAAAUUAACAAUUUUCAAAUUACUAGACAGAUUGGGAGCGGUGCCUAUGGUGUCGUUUUCCAUGCUAUCGACCUAAUAACAGAGAACGAAUAUGCUAUUAAAGCUAUUAUGAAAUCCAAUGAUGACCCAUUGGUUCCUCACUCUGAGACGUCUUUGAAGAAAAGUGCUGUCUUGCAAACACAACUUUACCAUUAUUUCAAGUCGUUCCAGAAUAAACUGUUUUUACCAACGAUCGAUUUGGAUUCGGUGUUGGCAUUGUCUGACGAUCAACUGAGACAAGCCCCUCAUUAUAGAGAGUUGCAAUUGCAACUGAAAUGCCACUCGCAUCAGAAUGUCGUAACGAUUCAUCAGAUUUUGGAGUCGUCAUUGGCUACUUUCGUCGUUAUGGACUAUUAUCCAAUCGAUCUGUUUACUUCGAUUGUGGAAAACCAACAUUUUUGUAAUGAUGGUAUGUUGGUGAAGAAGGCUUUCUUACAGGUAUGUUCAGUGCUACACCAUUGUCAUUCGGUUGGUGUCUACCAUUGUGAUAUUAAGCCUGAGAAUAUUUUGUUGGAUGAUAACGAUAACGUAAAACUAUGCGAUUUCGGAUUGGCUACUACGGCUCCAUUCAUUAACGCAAACGUUUGUAUCGGAUCAUCGUACUAUAUGGCUCCGGAAAGAGUCUCUUGCCCAUCAUCCGUGCUUCAUUCUGCAGAGAACCAGAACAACUUGGGGAUCCAUGUUUUCCCAACGGCAAGCGGUGAUAUCUGGUCUCUAGGUAUAAUAUUGAUUAACUUGACUUGUACCAGAAACCCGUGGUUAAAAGCUCACCAGAAAGAUGAUAACACUUUCAAAUACUUCAUCAACGAUUCUAGAGUUCUAACUAAGAUUCUGCCCUUAUCGGAAGAACUGUUCGGUAUCUUGAACUCUAUUCUUCAAGUGGACCCAUCGAAGAGGACCGAUCUGAUAUCACUUAUAGAUUCCGUUUCCAAAUGUCAGCAUUUCACUUCUUCGGGACCCCUAGCUGAAGUUGCACCAUUAACACAACACCAACUCAACUGUUUCAUCUGUGGCGAUGAUACUAUGAUGAUCAAGAAUAUGCUAAGCAGAUUCGAUACUAGAAAUAGAGAACUAAAGGAAGAUGAAGAACUUUCGGAAUCAUCCGAUGAAGUAUGCAAAGAAUACGAUAUCGAUGGUAAUUCUAAUCUGCCCAGUUAUUCGAGUGAAGAAGAUUUCGAAUUAAUUCAAGAUGGCAACCUGAUAAAUGCCCCGUUCCCCAAUACUGGAAUAACACCCAAUGGAUUUCUAAAUCAGGAUGACUCGAAGUUCUGGUUAAAAAUGCAAUAUUCCCAAUUUAAUCUUUCUAACACACCCACCACUGGCUCACAAGGAGCCAAUGCGUUAAACAGUACUCUAGACAGUUGGUUACCACACUACUGA